AGAUUCGCUUUCGCGCCAAGCACGAACGCGUCGACCGCGCUUCUCUUCCGCCGGACGCCGUAGCCCGCGAACUCCUUCGCGCUCGGUGAUGCUCGACUGCGCCCGUUUCUUCUCCCACUGCAACGUCGUCCUCCCGGUGCUACAGAGCCGCGCCUGCUAGACUUGUGUCGGUGCGACCGCUCCAGGACUGACCCAGACAGAAAGUCCGGAGGAGGGAGAUAGACUUCCUUUUUUUUUUUUUUUCUUCUCUCGGCUCCGUUUCGCCGACGCAGUCGGAACGAGUACGCGCACUGCCGGUGAAGGCUUCGGCGCAGUGCCUUCUUCCCGUUUUAGCGAAUUUUCAGGGACGGGAGGUGCUGUUCUUGUAGGGACUCCUCGUCCGGUAUCCGGAGUGACAGCGUCUCUUCGAGAGCACGGAACUUGCUUGUUAGAUCAGUGUUCGAAUACGUUUUUCAGUGGUCCGUCGAAGGGCAUCUGAUCCACCUGGAAAACAAAAACUCUUUCUGUCACUGACGGAACGCAACGAAACGCCAUGUCGUGCCUUAGGAGUUUCUUCGGUUGGAUGGUCAUCGCCGCAGCGGUCACCGCCAUCACUGCGCAGAAUGGUCGGGAACUUGAGAAGCAAGUGGACUCGACCGAGACGCCCCCAAGCGGCAACAGUCUGACCCGGUGUUACGGCAAGUACGGCUGCUUCUCUGUUGGCGAGCCGUUCCUGUCCAUCCAGCGGCCCCUGAACCUGUUCCCACUUCCGCCGGAAACGCUCAACGUGCAGUUCUUCCUGCGCACGCGCCGUAACAACGAGUACUACCAGCGUCUCAAAUCGGGCGACGCCGACAGCUUCGCCGACUCGAAGUUCGACAGCACGAGGCCCACCAUGUUCAUCAUUCACGGAUACCUCGAGCACGGAUACCUCAGGUGGAUACUGGACAUGUCGACGGAGCUGCUGACCAAGGACAACUACAACGUGAUCGUGGUCGACUGGUCACAGGCGGCUCAGCCCCCGUACACCCAGGCGGUGGCCAACGCACGGAUGGUGGGCGCCCUGAUCGCCGACAUGAUCAUGCACAUCCAGGACCGUUACAGCGUGGCCGGCAGCGACUUCCACCUGAUCGGCUACAACGUGGGUGCCCACAUCGCGGGAUACGCCGGAGAGAGGGUCAAGGGCAUCGGACGCAUCACCGCCUUGGACCCAGCUGACCCGUACUUCGCCAACACCGACAAGGUGGUGCGACUGGACCCUACGGACGCGGACUUCGUCGACGUCAUCCACACAGGAGGUUCCAGCUUCGACUCCAGUCCAAACCGGCCGACGGUGCAGGACUACGGCCACGUGGACUUCUACCCUAACGGUGGCCUGCCCCUGGACUGCCAAGAACCAGGUCAGGAGUUCCUCAGGCAGGACGGUUGGGUCUACGGCGUGAGACGCUACGUGACCUGCAACGACCAGCGCUCGCAACAGUACUUCACCGAGUCGGUGAACAGCGACUGCCCCUUCUACGGGUUCGCCUGCGACAGCUACGAGAACUUCACCGUGGGCGCCUGCGGAUCCGGCUGUGGCUCUGACGGCAUGCAGUGCGCGCCCAUGGGCUACCGGGCCGUCGACUGGCGCCGCUUCGCUGACGAGAGCCGCAGUGUCCGCAUGUUCCUCACGACGUCCAGCACCACGCCCUACUGCCGCAACCAGUACCACGUGCAGAUCGGCGUAGCCAGCACGGAGGAGACCCGCAAGCAGCACGGCAACCGGGGCAACCUGUACGUCCACCUGCAGGGAUCCAGACCAGAGGCGUCGCUCGCCAACGUCGUCAUCAGGAAGUACGACGACUUCAGCUCGGGCAAGAAGUCCGAGUUCCUGGUGACCGCCGGAGACCUGGGCCGCAUCAUCCGGCUGGACCUGGAGUGGAGGCCGGACCAGGUGUUCUACCCCGACCAGAACCAGGUCUACAAUCAGCAGCAGCAACCCGGCGCCGCCACACCGGCAUUCGAGUCGCCCCGGCUCUGGGUCGACUACGUCCAAGUUCGCAACCUCGCCACCGGAGAGAAGUUCGUGUUCUGCGGCGAAGGCACCUUCCUGCAGCCCAGCGUCGCCAAGACCCUGUUCACCGGAGGCAGCUGCGAGUUCGAGGUCGGCUCCUCGAGCCCUUGAGGCAAGGCGCGCCGGCGCGUCUCCUCGCCUGCCAUCAUCCGCGACGGAGGAGGAAAAGGAGAGGAGACAGUCAACCAAGAGUAGUCGUCGGCCGUGCCAUACACGACCUCGCCAACCUUCGGGACGAGGCUCCCGGGCUUUUGGGGGAGGAGGAGUGGGAGGGGUGUGU